UUGACAGAUUCCAAAACAAUAGGUAUUCAAAGAAGAUUGUAGAUCAAUAAUUAUUUUCAUUAAUUAAAAAAGCUUAGUCAUUGAAACGACUAAUUAUUUUUCACUAAGUCAUUAGUCAAUCAUUAAAUCUAUUGUGAUAAUUAUAUGAAUAACUUCAUAAUUCUUGCUUGUGAAAAAAAUAUUCAACCAACAAUUCAAUUCAACUCAACAGAGAACAACUACAAUGUCUAUCAAUGAAGAGUUAUUUACUACGCGCAUGAGAAAAGCUACAAGGAAAAUUCAUUCAGUGAGCGAUGCUCUCGUAAAUGCGAAAUUCGCCUUUUCUCUAAGAGAUGAAACAGUAUGGGGUGGAGGCCUAUUUGUGUUUUACCACAUUUUUGCAUUCCUUGAAGAUGCCAAAAACAGGUUGAAUAUGUCUGACUAUGACAAACUUUUUGUUCACAAGAUAUUAUACAGAAAACAAGCAUUUGAAGAAGAUCUCUGUCACUACUUGGGCGCUAACUGGAAGUCAAUACCUAAGUCUCUUGCUCUAGAGAACUAUCUGGAGCACCUCCAGAACCUUGAGCGAGAGAACCCACAGUUGCUGAUGGCAUAUGUUUACCAUCUCUAUCUUGGGUUGCUAAGUGGAGGACAGAUUCUGGCUAAGAAAAGAAAUGUAUUUGGUGAAAAUAAUAAUGGGCAGGUGAAAUAUGUUGACAAAGUUACUGAUUUCACUGGUGUGGAUAUACCACAAAUGAAAAAAGAUUUCCGCCAAGCAAUGAAUGAAAUUGCGAGCAAGAUGUCUGAAGAUGAAAAGCAAGCAUUUAUAGAAGAGAGCAAUCAAGUGUUUUUGAUGAACAACUUAAUUGUCAACUCUGUUGGAGGUCAAAAUAAAGUUCUUUGCAAUAUGUUGUAUAAAACGUCAGCUGUACUUCUAGUUAUUGCUGGUGUCAUGUUGGCUUACAAAUGGCAUAAAUGAUCAUUUUUUGGAAUUUGUUUGGUUUGUGAUAUUAUGUCUUUAGUUAGUAUUUUGAACAAGUUAAAUUGUAUUGUUUUCAUUAAUAAUCGAAUAUUUAUACAAAACUGUAUUAGGUCCAUCUGUUUAAUGGAUGAAAAGUGUUUUUAACCAAUUCAGUACUUACAUUAAAAAUAUAUUGUAAGUUUCCUAAAAAAAUCCUGGCAAAACUAUAGUUAGUAUUUAUAUUAAGAAAUCCUUUUAAAAAAAGUACACUGCUUUGUAUAAAAGUGUUAAGUAGUAAAACUUUUUACUUUUUUUUACUAAUGCUUAAAUAUCAUUUCAAUUAAAGAUCAGAUCAGAUGUUCAGCAUAAAACGUUUUUAAUUAAUAAAUAUUCAUUUUUGUUAUUGACAUAAUAUAGAAAAAAUAAAUAAAUAUACUUAAGUGAAAUUAUGUAGAUGUUUAAAUACUAUAGUAUUAUAUAGUAAAAAUUGUUAUAAAUAAGACUGAAUAAAAUAUAAAAUAUU